AGUGCACCCCGUUUAGGAAUGCCCCUGCCCCUCCUCCUUCACCUGGCUUUUAAAGGGCCGGGCCCUGACCCGCCGCUACUUAAGGCGGAGGAGGAGCGGCAGCGGACAGCGGCUGUGCCGGACUGGACGGGGCAGCAACCCUGACCAUGACCCCUCACAAGCUGCCGCCGCUGCUUCUGCUAUUGCUCACAGUUUUGCUCGCUGCCCGUCCGGGAGGUGCCUUAGCGCGGUGCCCAGGCUGCGGGCAGGGGGUGCAGACUGGGUGUCCCAGGGGCUGCGUGGAGGAGGAGGAAGGGGGAUCGCCGGCAGAGGGCUGUGCAGAAACCGAGAGCUGUGCAAGGAGAGAGGGACAACCGUGCGGGGUCUACAUCCCUAAGUGCGCCCGAGGACUGCAAUGCCAGCCGCCCGAGAACGAAGAGGCGCCUUUGCGGGCGCUGCUACUGGGCCACGGCCGCUGUCGCCGCGCUCCCUCCGAGGAGAACCUGAAGGAGAGUAAACCACAUGGAGACACCUCGAACCCACAUGACACAAGCCCCAAAGACACACAGAGGAAUUCAGGAACUUCUACCACUCCCUAUCGGGCCAAUGUUGGUGCUGUCCAGGACACUGACAUGGGUCCUUGCCGCAGGCACCUGGAUGCAGUGCUGCAGCGUCUUCAGGCCGAGGUCUUCCGAGGGGCACACGCACUCUAUGUUCCUAACUGUGACCACAAAGGGUUCUACAGGAAGCGACAGUGUCGUUCUUCCCAGGGGCAGCACCGUGGCCCCUGUUGGUGUGUGGAUCGUAUGGGCCAGCCUCUGCCAGGGUCUCCAGAUGGCAACUCGCUCUGCCCUGCCGGGAACAGUGGCUAAAGCUAGGUAGGAGCUGCAGAGCCGCUGGCAAGAGCAUGGGGCUGUCAUCUGUAAAAUGAGGAGUAACAUGGGGGCUGUGAGCCCCAAGAUCUCCCUUCAGGCCCUAUCCCAUUUGGUACCCUCACUCCUGGGCCUUUACACAUCGAUUUGGAAAGAUUGUUGUUGGGAAUACUAAUAAAGCUGUGUUGGAGGUACCUGG